UUGAUCUUCAUCAUUUCAACACACACUUCAGUUUCUACAAGUGAAUCAUUAUGGAAACCAGUUUUAUCACUAAUAAUUUAAUGAUGUUAUUUCUAGAUUUUAACAGCAUGCAGGAAACUGCUCAAAGACAGAAGUAAAACCAUCAGUAAAACACUCGUGUGCAAAAGGAGAGAAUAUCUUAUAAACUGUGUUCAGAGCAGAUGUGUGGUUGACAGAAUGCACUUUAUCACACUGAAGAACAUGUUUCACACAAUGUAAAGCAGCACUUCUUCAUAAUGCACAGACAUAUAGUGCAGAUCUAGAAGAAUAUCAACACUCAGAUCAGAGGAAGUUAAAACCACAGGAGGAGCUGAGAGUAUUUAAAGAAAGAGUUGAGAGCAAAUAAUGAAGAGAAAGAGAAAAUGUCUGAGUGUCAUCUGUGUCUGCUGGGACUGAUCGCUCUCUCUUCACUUCUCACAGGUAUCAGUGGAGAGGAUGAUGUUCAUGUGUUCAUCAGUUCUGGUGAAGAUGUCCGUCUGCCCUGGAUAAAGAGGAAAGACACAGAGAGACAUGAGAGACUGAGUCUGGAGUCUAACUGCUCUCUGAACAUCAGGAACAUCUCAACAGAAGAUUAUGGAUCUUACAGCUGCCAACAAUGGACUGGUGUGGAAGGACCACGACUAAAAAAUGACACACGUGUUUAUCUGCAUGUUCUUCAUGUCUCAUCCUCACAGACUCAGAUCAGUUCAGAUCUCUCUGUGUCUCUCUCCUGUCAGCUGUAUUCAUAUCCUCGACUCUCUUGUGAUAAAUGGAUCCGUUCUGAGAAGAUUCAUCUGUUCUGGGUGAAUCCGGCUGGUGUUAAACUGAAUAUAUCAGACUCCAGAUAUCAGAAAUCAUCCUCAUCAGAUCCCUGUAUCAUCUCUCUGAAUAUAACACUCCUGAAUGAAGAUCACAACAGAGAGUGGAGAUGUGAAGUUACUCACAGAGAUCAAGUCAAGAAGAGUUCAGGUGAGAAAACAUCUCCUCUAUCAGUGUUAGACUCAUAA